AUGGCGGCGAUCGCCGCCACCGCCGUCUACGUCAUCUACCACCCUCGUCCACCGUCGUUCUCCGUCCCGUCGCUUCGCAUCGGCCGCGUCAACCUAACCACCUCCUCCUCGGAUGCUUCCGUCUCUCACCUCUCUUCCUUCUUCAACUUCACUCUCCUCUCCGAGAAUCCCAACAGCCACCUCACCUUCUCCUACGAGCCCUUCGCCGUCACCGUGAUCUCGGCUAAGUCCGGCGAGACGCUCGCGAACGGGACGGUGGAGGGUUUCUUUAGCGGGAACAAGAACAAGACGACGUUUCGCGGCGUGGUGGCGACGUCUACGGCGGCGCGUGAGCUGGAUCCGGAAGAGGCGCGGCGUUUGAAGGCGGAUCUGGCGCGGGGGCGCGUGGGGUUGGAGGUGGAGAUGAGGACGAAGGUGAAGAUGCAGAUGGGGAAGGUGAAGAGUGAAGGAGUGGAGAUCAAAGUGACGUGUGGAACAUUCGAAGGGACAGUGCCUAAAGGUAAAGUUCCGACCGUAGCAACUUCGAAGAGAAGUAAGUGUAAGUCUGAUCUCAGUGUCAAGGUCUGGAAAUGGAGUUUUUAA